AUGUGGAAAACGUCAUUUUCCAAUAGUUCCGGUGACGAUCUCAUACUAAGAAGAUUGAAAAAGCAGUUGGCCAGCCUGACGUGCAAAUGCAAGAUAUGCGAGAAAUACAACGUGACUCCAAUUGAUGAUAAUGCCAGUGUUCCAAAAACCAAGGCAAUUCAAGCUCAUCCGAGCCUCUUGAGAGCUGACGGCAAAAGCGUUAAUCCUGGCAAGGAAAAGUUUUGCCCAGGUUGUUACGUCGCUUAUAAUUUAUUGAAAAAGAACGAUAAUAGAACUUUCAAGGAUGAAGAAUCUGAAACAAACUCGGUCACGUUUUCUUCCGAUAAAGGCGUACAGCAGACUGUAAAAAGCCUCGACAGAACCACGUCUAUGAGUAUGAAAAAAUCUGUGAAAUAUAUGGAUUCGAUUAUAUUCGAUUUAUUUAAUCAAGAAUCGGACAUAAUAUUCAAAAACAAUGAUUCGAAGAAAAAUAUUGAACAGAUGAACUUUAUUAAUGUUAGCAAUGAAAAUAGCAAGGCUAACUGCCUUUGCCUUGAAAAUUUUAUUGACUCCAUUAGACCGCCACUGAGGUUUGAUAUUUUUAAAUGA